UGGCCGUCACACCAGCCUGCCGUUCCUCAGACCUCCUCUCACCACUGCUCUGCUCACACUGGGAAAAGCUCAUCAGAGUGCAAUGAUCGGAAAUGGACUAGUCCUUCAGAACCUCCUUCAUAUGCAGCUCGCCCAGCAACAGCUUCUUCACAUCAAAGACAAGCGCGUCAGCAGCGUCUCCAGUCUUCUCGGGGACCCGUCCAAACUGCUGAUGCAGAAAGCCUUGUCUCUGCGACCUCCGGGCCUCAUACCUCUGGGGAAAGGCCUUCUGGGAGAUUCUCCUACAGAGUUAGGUCCAGAGUCUCUUCCGGUGUCUACCAACGCCACAGUAGUGGUAUCAUCCUCGGGGGUCAUGCCUUUCCUCCAGUGUCGAGCUGCAGGAGGAGAACCAAACCUCACCCAUGCUCUGUCCGCCAACCCCAUCGCCUCCUCCGCUGCCUCCUCCUCCUCCUCUUCCACCUCCAUCUCCUGUGACAGGCAGCCAGCACCUCCUGGGACCUUGGUGAGCUUACAGCCGCAGGGACAGGGCUAUUCCUUGGGUAUAAGUAACUCAGGCCUGGGCCCACCUCCACCUAAACCUCCUGGAGGGAUUUACACAUCAACAGGCCAACACGGCAGCUCAGAUGGAUGCCCGCUGGCCAACAUGGUAAACAGUGGUCAGAGUUCUUUGCUUGGAGAUCCCCCGAAAGAAGUCCGACUGCCCUCCAAUCCUUACCUGAACUUGGCCAGUGUGAUGCCAGGGGUGGUCCUGCAAGGUUCAGUGGGGAGUAAAGCCCAGGGAGGACAAUCAGGCUCGGGCGUGUACGGCAGCACCGCGCCUCCCGUCGCCUCCCAGGGCUCGGGAUCCUUCUCCCACAGCACAACGGCGACAACCACCGCCCCAUACAGCACCGACACCUCCACGGACUACAGCCAGUACAACCAGGCGUACACACAGGAGGCCAUGCAGCAGUGGUACCAGCACUACCAGGCAGCACAAGCUCAUACCUACAACACUGCAGCGCCACAAGACAACAACAACACCGAGUACGGCAAGGAGCACACACAGGCUCCACCUGUGUCCUCAUAUGGAGACUACAGUUCCUACAUGCAGGCUGUGACUCAGUACUACUCCCAACCUGCAACGGCAAACCAGGCCUAUGCCAACAAGGAGGUCGAUGUGUGUAAACCUCUGGGCGUGUCUCUUCACGCCGUCAGUAACGGGGCCCCUCCUCCCCCCGCCGUCCUCCCGGCCGCCGCCGUGCUCCCGGCCUACAGCACACUGCCAUUAAUGCCCGGCUUCCUCGGAGCACCACACCCGGCGGCCGCCGCACCAGGCCCCGUCACACACGCACACACCGCCGCCACCGACUGGAACACCUACUACUAUAACCAGACACGGGGUCACAAGCGGGAGUAUCCUCAGUUGGCGGUGCAGGAAGUGACAUCAUCGGACGGCGCCUACAUCGGGCAGCACUCCCAAGGCCUGGGCGGUCAGUACGCCGACUACUUUAAGAGGAAGAGGCUCUAGUAUCAACCAAACCACCUUAAAGCCUAACGCUUAGAGAGGGAGCCGCUCACAGUCCGGCGUCUCCUGGAUGUCACAGCUCCCUCUAGUGGCCUUUCUGUGGCGGCCAUUUUGCAUCCCUUCAAGUAGGUGUUGAGUUUUGUAGAAUUUCGGGUUGCAAAUGGCGCAAAGUGAAAGCAAGCCAUAGUGCUCUUUGAUAUUGGCACUUGUGUAAACACUUAAACACAAACAUAGUGUUGCUUUUGUCCUGUUCAAGCCUUAACUCUUUAUCCUAAACUGUUGUUUCUCAGCCAGUGUGUGUGUCCACUGUACAAAAUAUCACCUUGUACAUUUUUUUUUUUUUCUAGUGUAAUGUAAACUACAGAGUGUCGUAUGUGUACGUAGAAGCUGCUUUCCUAUUCGCUGCCAGGCUCAGAUCUGCCUCGAGGCUGAUCUUACGGUCAUCUCCCGUCUAGUGUUUUCCCUCCUCGCGCUUUGAUUCGUCGGUCCCACUCACAUCCGUUUGUUCCCGCUUCAGUGUUUUGUCUUUGGUUUUUUUCUCUCGUUUCCUUUCAUCGGCCCGGUUUCUCCUUUUAUAUCUGUGGCGUUUGGAGUGCUAGCUCGUGCGUCGUCCACCGGUGUGUGUGUGUGUAUGUGUGUGUUUGUCGUUCCGUGUGUUGUCGAUAUGCUGUAUCCGUAGGAAGUGUCAGCCAUUUCAAUCCCAACGUUGGGAGCACAUCAGGAAAAAAAAAAACGGGGCCUGAAACAAUCAAAGCCCUUAAUUGUGGUGAUUCACAAUAGCUUCCCUCAGUUGAGUUUGCUUUUAACAGCCAACGAAUGGACCUUUCUUCUAAAGACUGGACGAACAAAAUAAAGGCUGGUGUAUAUACCGUGUAAAACAGAAUAUAUAAAGCCAUGCAUAACAUACAAUAUCAUAUAUAAUGGAUAUUCUAGUGGCUCUUUUGCCAGCGUUUUGUUUGACAUGAAUGAAAGGAAAACAUUUACGAUGUCUUUUGAGUUUUUUUUAUUUCAAUCUGAACUGUUAUAUAUUUGUAAUAUAAUACUAUUUCAAGGCAACUGAAGUCACUUAUUGAACUGAAUUGUAUGAAUUUUAAUGUAAUUAUCUGGUUUGGCUGCCAUUAUUUUAAUAUUAAGCCAAAUGUUAGGGCACAGCUCUCUCCUCUUCUCUCCAUUCAGUUCAGAAUGUAGAAUUUUUUUGUGUGUGUUGCAUAAUAGUUUUUUCCACAAUAUCUUUUUAGACGUUUUAUAAUUUUCCAGAAUCAAACUUUUUUUUGCUCAUGCAACUAACUGUGCAUGUCUUUUUCACGAGGUGCAAACAAUCACUUGCAUCUUAAUUUCCUAAUAUAA